GUACAAUAGUAUUGACGUAAUUGUUAUAUUAUUUAAUAACAAAGUUAUUUUAAUGUACUUAGCAGAAUUUACCAUAGGGAAUAAAAGACUCCGCCAUUGUAUGUGCUAUUUCACUUGGCAUUUGCAUAUCAUAUCCAUAAGGGAAAUUUUUCUGGAGCAUAGAAUUUAAAGAUGAAGUUGAUAUGGAUUUUGUUGUGCGUUACAUUGAUACUUCAAAAAAUAUUUGCUGCACCUGUACAGAAUAUAAAUGAGAGCGAAUCAGAAGAGGAAAAUGAAAUCGAAAAAGGAAAAGGAAAUCCAGAUAAUACUGAAGAUAAACGAGAUGAUGAUGAAGAUGAUAUUCUUCCGGAAGAUUUGAAACGCAUAACGGAAACGGAGGAAGGGAAAUUUAAAAAUGCUAUGACCAAUAAAGACUCAAGAUGGCCGAAUGGUGUGGUGCCUUAUGUAAUUGACUCUUCAUAUGAACGUUGGGAGCUUGAUGUCAUCAAAGCGGCAAUGGAGGAAAUAACAAUGGCUACAGCAUUCAAAGGGACUAACUGCAUUUCAUUUAAGCAGAGGACAAUUGAUAAAGAUUAUGUUAAGAUUUCACCCAUUGGAGGAUGUUACUCAAGGGUUGGUGUCGCAGGAAAAGAGCAACCCAUUUCCAUCAGUAAGGGAUGUGUAAGAAAGGGUACAAUUAUGCACGAACUCCUCCAUACAUUAGGAUUCUGGCAUGAACAAAGUAGAGCCGAUAGGGAUAGGUACAUCAGCAUCAACUGGGCAAAUAUAAAAGAAGGCCAUGCUGGAAAUUUCAACAAAUUUAAAGAAUCGAAUAUUAAUCAUCUUGAAAUGCCAUAUGACUAUAACAGCAUCAUGCAUUACAGUAAAAGUGCAUUUGCAAAGGAUUGGCAGUAUCCCACCAUAAUACCUACAUUAAAAGAAGGAUCAACGUAUAUUGGACAAAGAACCCAGUUGAGUCCUGUAGAUAUCAACAAAGUUAGGAUAUUGUAUGGAUGUAAAGGAGUAGUUAAAAUAGACUUCACAACACCAACCACGCCCGCCCCUCCAACCACUACAACACCAGGCCCAAUGCCUAAAGGGAAAAAAGCCACUGUUGAUUGCAACUUUGAUAAAGACACUUGUGGGUUUUCCGAUGUGGCUGGUGCUGUUGCUUGGAUAAGACACACAGGAAAAACUGAUAGUGGUAAAACAGGACCUGAUUCUGACCAUACAUCAGGCAAAGGUUAUUACAUGUAUACCGAAGCGUCAUCAAACUACGGAAACACAUUCAAAUUGGAUUCUCCAGCCUUGUCGAAGGGUGCCAAAUGUCUAGACUUUUGGUAUCAUAUGUGGUCAGAGGAUGAAAAAGAAGACAAUGAAUUCCAUGUAGGUUCUAUAGUAGUAAAUCUGGUGAAUGGUAAAGCCGUGGAGGAAGUGUGGAGAGCUGAGGCUGACCAAGGCAACAAAUGGCACAAUGGAAGGGUUUCAAUACCUGCUAAUAAAGCAACUGGCAAGACAUUUUCGCUGAGAUUUGAGGGGACAAUUUUGAGGAGCUACAAGAGUGAUAUGGGUAUAGAUGAUAUACGUAUAUAUGAUGGACUUUGUCCGUGAUCCAGAGAAAUCUCAAAUGGCUUACUGUACAAUGAAACAAUUUUGCGCAGGAAUCAGCAUUGCUAUUGCUCAAUGCAUCUUUCCAUUAAUUUGGUGACCCCAGCGUCUGUAAUAAAGCAAUUUGUGAUUUAAAAAAUAA